AUGGCGGAUGGAUCGCUGGAGGACCUGCUCUCGGAGCUUUUGGGGAACGAUGAAGAGCCGGAGGCCGGCGCCGACCGUGGCGCCGCCACCCUCCGCGCCGCCGAGGCCGCCGAGCGCGCGCUCGCCGCGCCGCCGCCGGGCGCCCCGCCGCCCGAGGACUCGCUGUCCGUGCUGACUCAGCUCCUGGCCGACGCGCCGGGGGACUGGAACCCGCAGGGCCGGCCUGACGCGGUGGGCGCGAUGGUGGGCGGAGCGGUGCUGCUGCGGCUGGAGGAGCUCAGCGCGGUGGUGGGCAGCCUUGCCUCAUGGUGGGCGGCGCACGGCCGGCCGCAGGCCGUCGCCGCGGCCGGCCAGUUUGUGGCGGUCGGAACCAGCAGCGGCGCCGUGGUGGUGCUGCAGCUCCCGCCGGCGCACCCGCAGCAGCCGCAGCAGCAGGGCGCCGCACCGCCCGCCGGCGGCGCGCCCGCGGCGGCGGGCGGCGCGGCGGUGUGGGCGCUGGGGGACGGGCCGAAGCCCGAGCUGGGCCCGGUGACGGCGCUGGCGUUCUCGCACCCAGCGGGCGCACAGGAUGCCCUCUGGCUCGCCGCCGGCCACGCGGGCGGCGUGGUGGCGGUCUGGGAGAUCCAGAAGCGCGGCGGCAAGCAGGUGGCGACGAUAGCCCAGCAUGGCGCCCCCAUCAGCAGCGUAUCCUUCUUCCCGGGCAAGGGCACCUCCCAGCUGCUCACCGCCGACCGGCGCGGCCGCGCGGUGCUGCACACGUUCUCGUCCAUGCUGCUGCGAACUUCCACCAGCAGCCGCACCGACGGCGGCGGCACGGCGCGCGUGGGCGAGGGUACCGUGUGCCUCACCACUCUCUCUCAUUGCUACGUCGCGCGGUUCAAGCCCUCUGGGGAGCUGCUGCCAUUGUACAGCAUCCCGCAGCCCGGCGGCGCCUCGCACGUGCCCGCCGCGGCGUGGCUGCCGCAUCACCGGCGCCCCGGCGGCGGCGAGACGCUGCGCCACGGCGGCGUCGCGGUGCCGGCCGCGGUGCUGUCGCUGGCGUGGGGGCCGCGGCUGGUGCUGUUCAAUGUGCCGUUGGUGGGCGACCACCAAGGGGCCGCCGAGGCAGCGUCACCCGAUCCGGCGUCACCCGCGCCCGCGGCCAUGCUGCGCCGCCCGGCCCCCGGCGCAUCCGGUGGCGGCCGCGGCGCCGCGGCGCGCCAGGCCGCGCUCGAGGCGCUCACCGCCGCCGCCGCCAGCCAGCUCACGGGCAUGUUCCCUUUGAGCAUCGCGGGCAUGUGGCGGCCGAAGCCCAAGCGCUCGGCGCACAAGCAGCAGCAGGGACAGCAACAGCAGCAGCAGGGGCAAGAGCAGGGGCAGCAGCAGGGGCAGCAGCAGCAGCAGCAGCAGCAGCAUCUGGGGCCCGAGGAGGCGCUGCCCGUGCUGGGCCUGCACUGGCUGGACCAGGACGUGCUGGCGGCGGUGUGCCAGCAGGGGCUGAGUGCAGUGCUGCUGGUGCUGGAGGGCAGCAGCCUGCAGGUGCGGGAGCAGCUGCAGUUACUGGACCCGCCGCUGCUGCUGGAGCAGGCCCCGGGCGUCGGCGGCUGCGGCGCGAGUGUGGUGGGGCUGGGGCCGCGCGUGUACCUGCUGACCAGCGGCGGGCUGUCCUGGGGGCGGCUCAUGCAGUGGAGCGAGCGGCUCAAGACGCUGCAGGACAUCCAAAAGUUCAAGCUCGGCCUGUACUAUGCUCUAUCAUUCUACAAGAAUGCACAGCAGCACCAGCAACAGCAGCAGCAGCAGCAGCAGCAAGCCCCGUCCAGCGGCGGCGGCGCCGCCAGCCCCGCCGCCGCGGCCGCCGCCGCCGGGCGCCGGCCGAUGACCGGCGGGCUGCAGCAGCAGCUAAACGGGAGCGGGGCGAGCAGCUCGUGA